AUGGCUCCUUCAGUAUGUCUUUGUGGCCCACCGGAGCUCCAACUUUACUUCCCCACGACCACCAUCAAAAUCUGUCAAGGCCAGUCUUCUUCUUCAAACCCCUGCCUUGAAUUCUUCAAGGCCACUACAUACUCUGAUAAACCCCAACAAAACCCUCCCGUGUAUCAGCAGCGGAAGGAUCUGACAGAAUAUGAAGCAGAGGCAUGGAAGCAUGACCCUCUCACAGCUCUCAAGCUCAUAUUUUGCCUGAGAAUGGUGGGGAGGCCCAACAAAGAAGCCUUUUACAAAUCCCUCUUGUGGAUCCACAAAAACCACCCUCUAACCUUGGCUUUGAAUCUCAAGGUUUUUGCGCAAUUGGGUUGGUUCAAAGAUCUAUUGGAAAUUCUCUAUAGGGUUUUGCAGAAAUCCAUAGAUGAAGCCAAGGAAAAGGAGGAGGAAGAGAGCCAAGAAGAGUAUUGGAAGAAACGUACGAAUUAUUGUCAGAAACCUAGAAAAAGGAAUUAUUGGUCUGACUCCGAGGAAGGCGAAAGCAAUGAGGAGGAGGACAGCGAUGAGGAAGAAGACGAUGAAAGCAUUGAGGAGGAAGAGGAAGGAGAGAAGGAAGAGAGCAAAACAGUCACAGAUGUCACAGAUGUUCACAUUGCCAGGGCUAAAAGUGCGGUUGAUAGGUAUCAAAACGAUUUAGAAUAUCGAUACUUGCACGAUCGUGUAUCCGAGGUGUUUGUGGAAAUGCUGACAUCGGAUUUAUUGUCUUUGAAGUGCUGUGAGAUUGAAAAGAUCAGCUCUAUUUCCAAAUUCUGUCCUUCUAUUGAUUCGUCUUACGACAGAGAAACUUUGAUAUGUGAAAACAUAGCAAGGAGAAUGUUUCCACGCCAUAAUUUUGGAGAGUACAAAGAUGUUGAAGAAGCUCAUUAUGCUUGUAGGGUUCGUGAUCGAUUGAGGAAACAAGUGCUUAGCCCCUUGCGCAAGGCGUUGGAGUGCUUACCGGUUGUGAAACAGAACAACCAGUCAUCAUCAUUGUUCAAGAAAUGCAAGGCGCUGAUUGCUUUGGAAAUCUACAGCAAGAUCAUUGGUUGUGGUGAUGGUGGAGGCCGCGAUGAAAGCAAAUUGAAAUUCAAGUGUUACAUGAAGCUCGUGAACAUGCUAUUACCAAAGAAAUGUAUUUUCAACAUGUGCUUUGGUGAUGGGCUAAAGCUUCCUCACCAUGUGGUGGCCUCAUUGGAGAAGGAUCAGUGCGGUGCUGAUGAGAUUGCCGAGGAGAGGGUCAUUGAAGGAGAUGGCUUGCAUUUCAAUGGGGUUGUGGUGAUGGUUUGUAUUACAGCAAGAUCAUUGGUUGUGGUGAUGGUGUUGGCUUCGGACCUCAGUGAAAAACCAUGGCAAGGUUCUGUUUUCCCAUUUAGCGAUUUCCCAAGGCUGCACAAAAUCAAAGGAGACAAUCUCAAGUCCAGAUGUGAGUUCAUGAGGAACAUAGUGUGUGCUGAGAAGGUGGAUUUUUCAAAGAUUUACAAUGGAGUUCUGCAUAUCGCCACGACGGAGAAGCUGAGCAAUGCCGAGAUGCCUAAAAUUAUUUUUGUGUUCACAUACAGGGAAUUUGACAAGGCCUCUAAGAAUGAUUGGGUCCUGGAUUAUAGGGAGGCUGUGAAGAAUUACAGUAAGAGAGGGUAUGCAUAUGUGCCACGGUUGGUGUUUUGGAAUUUGAAGGGCUCAAUUGCUGAGCUUGAGGUCAUUGGUAGCCAUGUUGUAAAGAAUCACAAUGCAGGGAUGAUCAUCACUGGGUUUUCCAACACUCUGCUCAGUCUUUUCUGCAACGGAGAAUCGAAUCCGGGAACAUAUGCAGCUAGGGUUGCUCAAGGACAUGUUGAUGGGAUUGAUCUUGUGUCACUCCAGAGGUUUGCUCCAAAGGUUGAGGAUGUAAUGGAAUGGGCACUUUCAAAUGAAGAGUUGACGAGCCUCUUUAUAUUUGACUGA